UUGAAGUCACCAACCACACGAAGGUGUGCAGUCGGCAUUUCGACAACAAGUUGAUCGCAUCAACUGGAAAAGGGUUACGGGUCCUUUUGCCCAACUCAGUGCCUUUGUUCAACUGGAACAACUUCAUCGCGAGGCAAACACGGGCUGGUGUGUGGGAGCGAAGAGAGAGACCGGCGAGUCCCGAGCCUUGCUCCGACCCCGAAGAGCCUGAGCUACCCGUUCCGAUGGUCUUAGACCAUGAGUACAGUGCUACUAGUACAGUGUGUGUUGACCGUGAGCACUACAGUGCUAUACAAAAAGAGAUUGAGGUGCUCAGACAGCAGGUCCAGAGCUACCAGCUGCAUACUAUAUUUGGGCUCGAGCGGUUUGGUACUUCCCCAGAAGACAUCCGCUUCUACACCAGGUCUUUAGAUUUUUUAUUGUUGUAGAAUAAAUUAAUGUUUUCUGGGUAUGUUUUUAAAAUACGUGAACAGCUCUCAAACAAAGCACAACUAGUUCCUGUUUAUACGUCACUGGCUUUAGUUGAAAGCGUAGAGCGAGGUUUUUUGGCCCACCCACUAGAAUAGCAAAAUGUGGUUGGUUUAUGCAUCAGUCACUCACUAAAGUAUCAUGACGUCUUAACCAAUGAGUGAGCGAGCUUUAUCCUUUUUCUUUUUUUUUUGCCUAGAGAGAACAAUAAAUACAGUUUUUUGGAUAACACUUUAUCAACUAGGCUAUAUUGGGCACUAUAACCAUGCACUAACACUUUCAUUUCUGAAGCUAAACAUGGGAGAUCAUUUACUAAUUGUAAUGUGUUGAAUAUAAAUAAAACACUUUAUUUUCCAUUUACAGUGUGUAUUUGUGUGAUGUAUUUUUAAAUAGAUUUCCAUCAUAUGAGCAUCUGAUGGCAUUCUGGAAACUAAUCGAGACAGCAACGAAAAAAAAAGAUUAGGGUCACUGUUGGUGACAGGUAUAGGCAGACUGACAGGUCACGUGGUGUUGGGGCUACGUCAGUCAGGAUCAGUGGUAAAAGUCAGCUGUUUACGCGCGGGUUUGGUUUGAAUGAAAUGUUUGAGAUGAGAGGGGGUGGACGGGGGAAGUCCAACUUUGCUGACCGCACAAUCUAUUAACAUUUAACGCACUUUAGCACCAAUCACUUUAGGACUAUGCUACUAUGGAAUGUUUUUAACUUAUCUCUAAUAAAACCAACAAAACGCAGUACCCAUUUUUAAGUGAUUCUUUGAACAAGCAGCGCGUCUGUCAGAAACAUAUUUUCCCGAUCUAGCCUCUCGGUGACUAAAUAAGUGGUUUGAUAGUCGCCAUACAUUUGUCAGCAAAACUGUGACACAACCACAUGGAUUGGAGCCACGAAAGGACCCGACAUGACACAAAUGGACGCGUGGAGCAACAAAGGAAUGCAUGAUAUGCAAACAAUGUAAGGAGGACGCGCACAAACAAACAGACAACAAGGACGGACUGAAAGGAUAGGCGGUAACGUACCCCUUCCCGUUCCGUGACUGCUGUGAUACAUGAUUGAUUGGAACACUUUGAUCUGGUCCCGCCGCUGAGUGGAAACUGUCUGUCAUUGUGAAUUGUGAUAUCACGCUGUGUUCGCGCCGCGGCCCGCCGGGCCAAGCUGUGUGUGUGACAAACUAACGUGCUCUGCUCUGUCUCUAUGCUAUCGCCGAUGGCUUUGACUGUUUUAUGUGGCUGCUUUGCUUUGGAUUCUCUCAUUGUGAUCAUUUACUUGUGCGUUCAAGAUGAGUGGAACAAGUGUUGGUUCAGAUGUUGGGAAACAGGACAUGGGAAAGAGGAAAGUAAUUCUAACUGAAAAGGCUUUUGCAAAUAAAAUUGAGUCCAUACAAAAGGAACGAAAAAGGAAAGUGGAUGAAAUAAAGACUGUGAUAAGCUCUAUGAAAGAGCUCAUGAAAGAUGGAAAACAUGUUUCAGCUGUUAAAGGGAAACUUGAUGGCUUGAUGAAAUUGUCUCACACCUCUAAUGAACUACAUGCUUCCUUAAUGCCUCUCAUUCCUCAUGAUGAACAAGAAAAACAAACCGGUUGGUUCUCAAAAAUCAUUAAACAUAAAGAUGAUUUUAUUGAGGAUGUUAAUGCAUGGUUUUCUGUAACCAGACUCAGAGGAUCCCCAAGCAGGCCUCUGCUGGAGGCUAAUAGGUCAAAUGAAAGCCCUCUGCUACAUGAGGCUGCAGAAGAGGAAAAUGGAGGUGUGGAAAAUGUGGAAGUGACUGGGCCUCAGUCACAUAAUGUUCAGGAUGAUAUUCAGCCAGAUGACAGCAUAUCAAACUAUAGCAGCCAGAAUCAUGGUUCAAAAUCUAUCAGGUCAAAAGUGUCCUCAACUGCAUCUGCCCGUGUCAGAGCCGAAGCUGAAAUGGCUGCUUUAAUAGCUCGAAAAAGGUUGCUCGAACAAAAGCAUGCUCUUGAGGAAGAGGAAGCCAAAAUAAGGCAUGCGCUGCAAGAGCAGGAAGCUCGAGUCAGAAAUCAAAAGGAACAACUUCAACUUGAAACGGACAUGGCCGCAUCGGCGGCUAAGCUUAAUGUUUUGAGAACCUCUGGGUCAGGGGUACGGAGUGUUGCUUCUCAGAAAUUGGAUGGAAUGGAAGCCUAUUUUGAAAGUGGCCUCAACUUUAAUGCAGAGACCUUUGUACGGCAAAAUGUUGGAGAUGUUGGAAGAGGACAACCUGCAGAGUUUGGAGGCACAAGGCCGAAACAAAGGCAAUGUGAUGGAAACAAACAUCUCCAGAGGACCUCAGCCCCCACACAGGCUCAGAGCACAGUCCCAAAGGCUACAGGAGCCCCACUGUCUCUGCAUAGACACACACAAUCUGCUUCCGGAAACAUCAGCAGUGAACAGGACACCAUGAUGUCUAUAAUGCAAAAACAAAAUGACAUAACUUCGAUGUUGGUGCAUCAGCAAUGCAUUGCUUCACUACCUAAAAGAGACAUCCAACUGUUUGACGGUGACCCUCUGCACUAUCAUGCCUUUAUGCAGUCAUUUGAGCAGACCAUAGAACUGAGGACUGACGAUGCUGUUGACCUCCUGCAUUACCUGGAGCAAUACACCAGGGGUCAGCCUAAACAGCUAGUCAGAAGUUGUCAACACAUGACUGAUGGCAUUGGAUAUGCUACAGCAAAGGCUUUACUCCAGGAACACUUUGGAAAUGAGCACGUCAUAGCAUCCGCUUAUAUGGACAAGAUCUUUGCAUGGCCAGCAAUAAAGUCGGAGGAUGGAAAAGCUUUACAAGCAUACAGCUUAUUCUUGCGAGGAUGUCACAAUGCCAUGAAAGAUGUUUACAACCUAUCUGACUUGAACACGUCUGCAAACAUGGUCUCUGUGAUCAAGAAGCUGCCUUACAAGUUGAGAGACAAGUGGCGAGCGAAGGCAUGCGACAUUCAGGAAAAGCAUCGGAAAAGAACUAUGUUUGCUGAUAUUGUGUAUCGGACUUGGAGGUCGGAGGUCGCUGGAUUGGACAGUGACUGGUACUGUGAAAUGCCGAAGAUCUUCACCCAACAUCAAAUGCCUGUUAACAGAGGUAACAUCCCACGACAGCAAGAUCUGGAAAGAUGGCCACAUCUGAAGCCUGUCUAUCUGCCACAGAUAGAUGCAGACAUGGAGAUGUUAAUUGGCUUGAAUGUUCCCAGAGCAUUGGGACCACUGGAAGUCAUCCGAAGUGUGGAUGGAGGGCCAUAUGCGGUCAAAACAAUGCUUGGAUGGACUGUAAAUGGACCCCUUGGAGGAGAGGGCAGUGACGAUCCUGUGUCUCAGUCUGCAGUUAGCAUCAACAGGAUCUCUGCUGUCACUCUUGACGAGCUCUGGAACCAACAAUUCAAGACUGACUUCCCUGAAAACAGCCAGGAUGAACUGAAAGGGCUGUCAAGGGAAGACUCUAAGUUCCUGGAAAUGGCUAACGAGACUGUGGAACUGGUUGAUGGCCAUUAUGUUGUUGGAUUUCCGCUGAAGGACAACUCAAUUACCAUGCCCAACAAUCGCAAAGUUGCAGAGCAACGUACUCUCAACCUCAAGAGGAGGUUUGGCAGGGAUGCGGCAUUCCAAAAAGACUAUACUACAUUUAUGGACAACCUGAUAUCCAGUGGAUAUGCAGAGAGAGUGCCAGCUACAAGUCAGGAACGAUGCGACGGCAAGGUUUGGUAUAUCCCUCAUCACGGUGUAUACCAUCCCAAGAAAGGGAAGAUCCGUAUCGUCUUUGACUGCGCAGCAUCAUUUCAAGGCGCAUCACUAAAUGCACAUCUCUUGCAAGGACCUGACCUGACAAGCGCACUGGUGGGAGUCUUGACCAGGUUUAGGAUGGAGCCCAUUGUUCUGAUGUCUGACAUUGAGGCCAUGUUCCAUCAGGUUCGAGUGCCAGAGACAGAUGCAGAUCUACUUCGAUUUCUCUGGUGGCCCAAUGGGGACUUCAGUCAACAGAUGGUGGAAUACCGGAUGGUGGUCCAUUUGUUUGGCGCAACGUCAUCACCAAGCUGUGCUAAUUUCGCUCUCCGAAAGUGUGCUGAAGAUAACAAACAGCUCUUUAACCAGAAAGUGUUUGACACCAUCAUGCACAGUUUCUAUGUCGACGACUGCCUGGCUUCAAUAGCCUCAGAGGAUGAAGCCAUAACCCUUUACCAGGAUUUGGUAAAGCUCUGUGCCAGGGGAGGCUUUCAUUUGACGAAGUGGCUGAGUAAUAGUCGUCGUGUGCUGGCAGCAAUACCGGAGGAGGAAAGAGCGAAGGACGUUAAAGACCUGGAUCUGGACCACGACAUCCUACCAGUUGAGAGGGCACUGGGAGUGCGUUGGUGUGUCCAGUCUGACACCUUUAAGUUCAGUAUAAGCUUUCAGGACAGACCGCUGACACGCAGAGGAAUCCUUUCUACUGUCAGCUCUUUCUACGACCCUCUUGGAAUCUUGUCCCCUGUGGUUUUCACAGCGAAGAGGAUCAUUCAAGACCUAUGCCGGCAGGGGCUAGGAUGGGACGAUGUCAUACCAACAUCUGUAGCCCAGGAGUGGGUCAACUGGCUCAAGGAGUUACACCUGUUGGAGGGCUUCAGCGUUGGACGAUGUUUAAAACCGCCCAACUUUGGAGAAGCAACCAGCGCCCAGUUGCAUCACUUUGCUGACGCAAGUGAGGAGGGAUACGGUACCGUCACCUACCUGCUGUUGCACAAUGACUGUUCUCAGAUCCACGUUGCCUUCAUAAUGGGAAAAUCAAGGGUGACACCUUUAAAGCCUGUGACGAUCCCACGUAUGGAGUUGAUUGCGGCUGUGGUGGCAGCUCGCAUGGACACGCUAUGGAGGAAGGAGCUGAGACUGCAGCUGCAAGACAGCGUUUUCUGGUCAGACAGUACAUCGGUGCUGAAAUACAUCAAGAACCAAACAUCAAGGUUUCGCAUCUUCGUAGCGAACAGAGUCACAGAGAUCCUCAAAAUGUCUGAAGCUUCACAGUGGAGGUAUGCGAGUACCGCACACAACCCUGCAGAUCUUGCCUCCAGAGGCAUGAGAGCGGAGCUGUUCCUCAAGAAUGAGACAUGGAUAUCUGGACCUUCAUUUCUCAUGCAGGAAGAGGAGACUUGGCCUGUUAACCCAGACAACUUGGGAGAAGUUCCACCUGGGGACCCAGAGGUCAAGGUGUUGUCUGCCGUUGUCUCUGUGGAACAAGAGGAGGAUGCUGUGCUGAGACUGAUCAACCGCAGCUCAUCUUGGAAACGUCUCACGAGAGUGAUGGCAUGGAUCUUGAGACUCAGAACCUUACUUUGGAACAACAUGAAGAGGAGAGAAGUCACUGCAUGUGAUUCUCAGCCAGCAUUGAACCUAACUAAACACAAAGAUGUUCUUGACAAGGAGAUUUGCCUCUCAUUGGAGGAGAUCAAAGGAGCUGAACUGGAGAUAAUCAAGAUCUGUCAAAGAAGAAAGUUCUCUGAAGAGUUAUCUUGCCUCCAAAAGGGAGAGUGUGUGAAAGGGAACAGUCACAUUUACAGACUCAGUCCGAUACUGGAAGAAGGUGUGUUGAGAGUCGGAGGCCGACUUAGUAAGGCUGCCAUGCCCGAAGAGUCUAAACAUCCAGCCAUAAUAGCAAAGGAUCUCCACAUCUCAGACCUCAUCUUACGCCAGAUACAUCGAGAGGUGGGCCAUGGCGGUAGGAACCAUAUGCUGUCAAGGCUGCAUCAGCAGUACUGGAUUCCUGCUGCAGGCGUUGCCAUAAGGCAGAUCAUUUCCAGAUGUGUCAUCUGUCGUCGGCUGCACGGAGCUGCAGGUCAGCAACAAAUGGCAGACUUGCCUAGUGACAGAGUUUCGACUGGAGAACCUCCGUUCACUUAUGUCGGAGUUGACUAUUUUGGACCAUUUGACAUCAAGCGUGGCCGGAGUCUUGUGAAAAGAUAUGGAGUUAUCUUCACAUGUUUGACAAUAAGAGCUGUACACAUUGAAGUUGCCUCAUCUUUGGACACAGAUUCGUUCAUCAAUGCUUUAAGGCGCUUCAUCGCAAGAAGAGGACAAAUCAAAGAGCUGCGUUCUGAUAAUGGCACUAAUUUCAUUGGUGCAGAGCGUGAGCUGAGAAGAGCUGUUGAAGGAUGGAAUCUGGAGAAGAUCAAUGAUGUGCUCUCAUUGAAAGGAAUCAAGUGGACGUUUAACCCUCCCACUGGAUCACAUCACGGCGGAGCAUGGGAGAGGUUAAUACGUUCCAUCAGGAAGAUUCUCAAUUCCACUUUGAGGACCCAAAGUCUGGAUGAGGAGGGACUCAAUACAGUACUCUGUGAGGUGGAGUCAAUUCUCAACAGUAGACCUCUCACGAAGGAAUCCACAGAUCCGAAUGACUUGGAGGCUUUAACACCUAAUCAUCUUCUGCUGCUUAAAGUCAAGCCCAGCUUACCACCUGGUCUGUUUCUCAAGGAGGACAACUAUGCACGCCGGAGAUGGAAGCAGGUGCAAUACAUUUCUGACCUGUUCUGGAAAAGGUGGAUUAAAGAGUAUCUGCCACAACUACAGGAACGACAGAAAUGGACAAAGAUCAAGAGGAACUUUGUCCCCGGUGACAUAGUGAUCAUAAUGGACGAUUCUGCCACUCGCAAUUCCUGGAUCAUUGGGAGGAUUACAGAGACAAUGCCAGACAGGAACGGACUGGUGCGACAGGUCCGGAUCAAGACCCGCACCAGCCAUCUGUGCAGACCUGUGACAAAGAUCUGCCUUCUUCAGGAGUCGACGUAGUCAUGAAGGCUUCCCUUCUUUUCCAUGGAUUUGGAUUAUAUUGACUAUUGCCUGACAUGACCUUUUUUCGUGACUUUGGAUUGACUUUACUUUGGGGCGGGUUCGGUUCAAGAAGGAUGAAGACCUGCAAUGGCCAUAUGAACUAUGAACUCUCUCCU